AUGGCCCGGAUAUCCCCGAGAAAGCGACAAGUGGUGAGCUAUAACGAGGAUUCUGAUGAAGCGACCGCCAAGGCCGACAGGUCUUCCUCGACGAGCAGCAAGAAGUCAAAGUCAGCUCCUUUGCCAUCCAAGAAUACGGGUAAACGAAAGUUAGAAUCCGUGGCCGAAGUAGAACAAGGCUCACAAGAUACAAUACAACCUAAGAGGCGGAAGCCAAAAGCCAAAACUGAGGAAAGCACAAUGCCAUUGGCAGAGAGGACGCCUGUUUCUUCACUUAAGAAGCUGAUGUAUAUCGGCGCGCAUGUUAGUGCUGCAGGAGGGGUCCAGAAUGCCGUCUCUAAUGCCGCUCAUAUUGGAGCCAACUCAUUCGCUCUUUUCCUUAAGUCUCAACGCAAAUGGGAUAAUCCCCCACUCUCCACGGAGAUACGAGAUUUGUUUAUCAACAACUGCAAAGAGCACAAAUACAGCGCCGCAGAACAUACUCUACCGCAUGGUUCAUAUCUCGUUAACCUGGCGCAGGCGGACGAAUCCAAAGCCAGCCAAGCCUACAAAGGUUUCCUUGAUGAUCUUGAGAGAUGCGAGCAGCUUGGGAUCAAGCUCUACAACUUCCAUCCCGGCUCAACAGGGGGAGAGGCUCGACCCGCGGCAAUUGCACGAAUUGCUGCACAGCUGAACAAAUCACACAAAGCGACCAAAUCGGUGAUUACAGUCCUAGAAAAUAUGGCUGGCGCAGGCAAUGUUAUCGGAUCAACGUGGGAAGACUUGAGGGACAUCAUUGCGCUAGUAGAGCAAAAGGACCGAGUAGGCGUCUGUAUUGAUACUUGUCACGCCUUCGCUGCUGGGCAUGACCUGCGAACCCCAGACGCCUUCAACAAGACCAUGGCGGCAUUUGACGAGAUCGUCGGGUGCAAGUAUCUCAAAGCGUUUCAUUUAAACGACAGCAAAGCCCCUUUUAAUUCCAACCGAGAUCUACACGCCAAUAUUGGAACAGGUUUCCUUGGUCUUCGUGCAUUCCACAGCAUCAUGAACCACGAUGGUUUUCGGAACAUGCCCAUGGUCCUAGAGACACCCAUCGAUAAAAAAGGCCCAGACGGAAAGACAGUUGAAGACAAACAAAUUUGGGCUGACGAAAUCAAGUUGCUAGAAAGUCUUAUUGGAAUGGACCCAGAAAGCGACGAGUUCAAUGAGAAGGCAGAGGCACUUCAAGCCAAGGGUGCUUCAGAGCGCAGCAGAAUCCAGGAUCAGGUUGAUAAGAAGACAGCCAAGGAUGCCAAGAAGGGUUCAAAGGCAAAGGCAGGCACAAAACGAAAGAAGAAGUCACAAGGCUCCGACGAGGAGAGUGACUAA